UAGUCGUGACCAAGGGCGAGGCCCUCCUCCACCUGAAAAAUGUUAUUGGUUAUUUUUCCUGCAUAUACGGAGUAUUGUGUUGCACCUGGCCUGGACGUUACAAGGGUACACCCACGCACACGGGCAAUUUGGUAACUCCAAUUAACCUCGGCAUGUUUUUAUACUGUGGAGGAAAAGGGAAUACCCGGAGGAAACUCCACGAUGACACAAGGAGAAAAUGUCAACUCCACGCAACGAGCCGGCAGAUCCUUCAGGCUUUUACGAUGAACUUCUUCCUGGAGACCCUGAUGUUGGUAAUCCUUAGCCCAUAUUACUACAUAGAGGCGUUUGUUAAAUUAUUUAUCCCGACGCGGAAGAAGAGUGUGGCCGGAGAGACGGUAUUGAUCACAGGUGCCGGUAACGGCAUCGGACGGCUCAUGGCGCUGGAGUUUGCCAGCAUGGGGGUCACCCUAGUUCUGUGGGAUAUCAACAAGGAGGGUAACAAAGAAACGGCCAAGCUGGUAAAGGAGAAGGGUGCGAAGCGAGUGCACACAUACAUCUGCGACUGCAGCGAUAAGGACGAGGUCUACAGGGUGUCGGAUCAGGUGAAAAGAGAAGUCGGUGAUGUUUCUAUCCUUAUAAACAACGCUGGGAUUGUAACGGGCAAGAAAUUCAUGGACGCUCCAGACAGCCUCAUCAUAAAAACCGUUGAAGUGAACACCAUGGCCCAUUUCUGGACCUAUAAGGCUUUCCUUCCGGCGAUGGUAGCCAAUAACCACGGACACCUGGUCAGCAUUGCCAGCUCUGCGGGACUGAUUGGUGUCAACGGAUUGGCAGAUUACUGUGCCAGUAAGUUUGCGGCUGUGGGUUUUGCUGAGUCUGUGGCCUUGGAGCUGCUGGCCACUGGCAAGAGCGGCGUAAAGACCACCAUCGUGUGCCCCUUCUUCAUCAACACCGGCAUGUUUGACGGCUGCGACACCAAGUGGCCUCGGGUGCUGCCAAUUCUGGAUCCGAACUACGUAGCCAAGAAGAUUGUCAACGCCAUACUGACCGAGCAGGUGCACCUCUACUUGCCCAGGAGUUUGUACUUCAUGAUGGCUUUGAAAAACCUGAUGCCGACGAAGCUGGGAGUCCUGCUGGGUGAUUACCUCGGCGCCUUCCACUUCAUGGAUGCCUUCAAAGGGCAUGAGAAGAAGGAGUGACCCGCCAGAAUUCCAGAACACCCAAACUGUCCUGGAUGUGGAAUGCAUGAAAUGCAGCGUACGCCCCCCCAUACACAAUAUCCCUCUAUAUGCUAAAUUAUGUAACUAUAUUAUAUGUUUGUAUGCUAUUAUUGUUUUUAAGAAUGUAAAGGAAUGUAAUCGAAUCCAGCUUCAGCACGGUUUACAUUUCUUUUUAAUCGAAAGACUUGACUGUUUUUAAUCCAUAAAGCCUUAACUCCAACAUUCUGAGAUGUAUGAACGUGCGUGCGUGUGCGUGUAUGUAAAUGUUUCAAAGUAUUACCCUUAUUGAUUUGGGGAUGUAACUGAAGACGGGAGGCUUGUUAAAUCAAAGUGGGAUUUUAAUCGCUUUGUGUGUGUUGGGAGACCGGAUUACACUGUAAAGGGAGCCAGAUGUUUUUGAUUUGAAGGAGCGUAGAAUGAUAAGUGGUAAUUGUUGAAGGAUGCCUAGCAUUUCAGUGUUUGUAGUACGAGCCUCUGGUUUUUGAAUGUAUUAUUGUUUUACCUUUAGUCUGUCAAUCGAAUAACGUGUUUUCCCCCUGGAAAUGCAAAAUGUUUCAUGUCUAUAGCUGGCAUUAGUCUUUUGAUUGUUGUUCACAGCAAAGAAUGUCUGUAUAUAUCAUUAAUCCAACAUGGUGACAGAGGCGGUACCGCUGUGUUCACAACAUUAAGUACUUGUGUUUUUGCUUGAAAUGUCCAAGUAAAUCUGUCUGCAUAAAAAUAUAGAAAUACAAACACUGUAUAACCAAUGA